GGUGAGCAGUACCAUCAGGAAUUUGCAUUUAAUUCAUUGGAUGCUUUGACUAUAAAAGAGUACAUAAGUCUACGGGAAGUCUUCCUGUGCUUUUCUCCGAGCAUUCUCGUCUCCUCGGUCCCCAAAAGCUCUGCUAGUGCAAAAGUUCAGGUUGAGAAUUUGAGAAGAUACCAACAUGGGAAAUGCUCUUAGGUUCCUAUACGGAAAAUGUUGCAAACCCACCACCGCAGGAGAUUCUGAUUCUCUAGGACCCCCUUAUACCACAACUGCUUCUGGGGUUUCAGCUCUUGCCCAUGAUCUCUUCAACUUUGAAAUCACCUCCCAGGUUCCUGAAGGUCUCAGUCAGCAUGUUGUAUCAUCGAGGAAGGCUCAGGCUAAGUGGUAUGGAAAGCUACUCCAGGCAUGGAGAGAAGCAAAGCCUCCACCCAAAACGCCUGAAGAGGUUGCUAGGCUUAUUAUUCAGACCUUGAGUAGACAUCAAAAGGCAGAUGUUGAGGGUUUACUGGAAUUCUAUGGUCUUCCUUAUCCUUCAACCCCGGUGGAAAUUUUUUCUGAAGGUCCAACAAAAUUGCCUGAAGGGGUGGAGUUUGAAAUGCAUACACUACCAGUAGAUGGAAGUACGGUGCCAGAUGGGGAUGGUAUAAAUGUGUAUGUGAACACUGCUGAUCCUAGGGAGUCAUCAAGCGUACCUAGAGAUGUUCUUCUGGCUGCUGUCCGUAGAUCAAAAGCUCGUGCUAAGAAAAAUUAUGCCAGGGCAGACGAACUUCGGCAGAAAAUUAUUGAAUUAGGAUACCAGGUCAUAAAUAUUCAAAAUGAAGAGAUUCUUGCUCGAAAGUAUCGAAUUCGACUAAGGGGUAUCGAUGCACCUGAGAAUUCAAUGCCAUAUGGAAAAGAAGCCAAACAGGAGUUGGUUAAGCUUGUUAAUGGCAAGUGUUUGAGAGUGCUUGUCUAUGGGGAAGAUCGUUAUGGUCGCUGCGUUGCAGAUGUGUACUGCAACGGCAUUUUUGUGCAGGAAAUAAUGUUAAAGAAAGGACUUGCAUGGCAUUAUGCAGCCUAUGACCAGCGCAUUGAACUUGCAACUUGGGAAAAGGAGGCUCGAGCAAAGCGAAUCGGACUCUGGGCAUCAUCAAACCCUGAGAAGCCAUGGGAGUGGAGGAAGGACAGACGAGAAGGGAGAUAAACAUUGUCCUUAUUGAACCAAAACAUAUUGGGGAGUGGAACGGAUGAACAGAAUUUAUGGAUUAUUCUUAUUUUGGGGUGUGGUUGCAUGUGCAAUUACCAUUUGAUAUAUGUACAUCCUUUUUCCUGUCUUUGCUCUCUUCAUACUUCCAUUGUUUAUGUAAGAUAGUGGAAUGAAAUAAAGUUGUGAAAACAAUGUUAUUCAGAGGCA